AUGGCAACAGUUGCUACACCACGACCUUCCGAAACCCCUAGUACCUCUAGCUUCGCAAGAUGGACGCCUUCAAUUCCUACAAACCUGGUGAACAUGUUCAAUCCCUUCGCCAGUGCCACUUCCACCACCGCCGAUGAAAAUGGUGGGUCUACGACCGAACGAUCGAAAUCCAGUGAGCAGAGCCGGUCGGCAAAGCUGUCUGCCGCGACUGGCAACAAAGGCCCGCCUUCGCCGAGCAGGAACUCGUCGGUCAUGUUCGCCGAGCCGGAAACACGGAGCACCAGCGAGUCGGGUUCGCGCGAGGGAAGCAUCGACGGCUCACGGAGGAUCAAGAGGAGCAAUCGCGCAAAGACCAGUUUCAGCAUCUGCCACCCGCCGCCAACGUCCACAACUCGAUCAAAGCUGCAUCGUCGGCCGCGGUCCCUGUUGCAGCUGCAUCGCCUCAGUGCGCGCUCCCGACCGCUGCCAGCGUUCGAGGUCAUCCCGUCCGCCAACUUCAGUGUGCGCCUGAACCGCGCAAUCACCCGGGUGUUCAAAGCUCGACAUGGGCUGUGUGUGAAUGAUUUGGUGGUCUUCAAGGCGGAGAAAUACAACGCAGACGAGGAGGACGAUGAACAUGAAACUCGAGACGUGAUCGGUUUGAUUUGCAAAGGGCGCAAGGAUGAGGAAAAAUCAAUGGGCAACAAGAUGAGGAUCCAUAUGGCAUCAGGUCGGGAGUGGGAGGCUUAUCCCACGACGGUUGGUGGAUAUGAGUUUUUCACCACCGACGAGCACGGCCUAGCCUUGACCCUGCGCUGGGUACCAAAACGCAAUAAAGAUGGCAGUAGGAUGACCAUGAAAGACGGCUCGCGACGAUUUAAUUUCAGUACCAUUUCAUCGGGGUCCAGGCGACAUCCUGUUAUUGCGACACUAUCCAAAACUGGGCUGGACAUUUAUGAUUCCUAUAAGCUCCCUGACGGCAGCAUUUCUACUCCACUUAGCACGCCUCAGCAGGUCACCACCUUUCUUGGAGACGUUCUGGAGGAAGAGGAAGCUGGUGGUGAGCAGGCGCCGGAUCAUUGUGCUACCGAUGAUGCACUUCGCGAGAUUAUCACAAUGACGGCCAUCUGGGUUUCAUUCAAGGAGGGCUGGAGCCCGAGCUUCCGGUAUGACAGCAAGGACGCUUCCAAUGACAUGAGUCUGCAGUCUGGGUCAUCACCUUCCAAAUCAACGCCGCUCCUCGGCGACAUAAGCAGCCCGCCUGGCUCUCCGUUCCUGGUGCCUUCCGAGAAGCGAGCUAGCAUCAAGAGCAUUGGGUCCGGCAUCGUGCGAAGAGCUAGUCUUUUGAGCAAGGGCACGCCGAACCAACGGGCUUCGACGUUUUCGAUAGGAGAUGAUUACACACCCGAGCAGUCUCCCAGUCGUUCGCCCAGCGUGAACCGUCUACGCGCCGAUUCCACUAGCACCGUCCUCGUUCAACGCGCCACGAGCAACUCACGGCGCAAC